AUGAACGCCGACCGAGCGCGCGCCGCAGCCGUACAUCGAUCCGUACACGUGCGUGGGCGAUACGGCGCUAAACACAUCCCCCGCCGCCCACGAGACGCGUCUCUCAAUCGGCGAUUGUGCGAUCGCCGUCGCUGCUCGCUGCACACACUCCCGACGACAGACGUGUACACAUCGCGGUCACAGCACCGUUUACCAGCCACUGUACAGCAACCGCCUGCGGGUGGUACCAAUGCCGCGGGUGCCGGUGCCAACGGUCGUCUGGUCGGCGGUGACCGACAUGGACCGCCGCGCCGAACCACCGACCACAUCGGGCGCGACGCGGUCCUGCUGCUGCUGCUGUUGCCCGACGACGGGACGGACCUGCUGGUCGUCGACACGCGCUGCGGCCGCGCGAACACGUCCCGCCGCUAG